AUGGCGCAGCAAAAUAGGGUGCACACCGUUCCUUACACCGCCAAUCCUCUGCCUCAGUCAUCCAGCACAAUGACUCCGACGGUUACGCAGACAACAUCAAUGAUGGCAACUGUGGGAGGGUGUCCGACUAAUCCUGCUAGUCGCGUUAUGCCCCUACCUCGACCUCCUGAUGUCCCCACGGUGGGAUCAGUGGCGGUAGUGCCUCCUAUUGCUCCCCGACACUCCACUGGCGACACCUACCGUCGAUGGAACCAGAAGUAUGUAGCACUGCAUGACUAUGCAGCGCGGGUGGAAGACGACCUCUCAAUGUUGAAAGGUCAGCACUUUUACAUCAUGGAUCGGUCGCAAGGCUAUUGGUGGUACGCUAAAUGCACCGACACUGGAAAGAUGGGCUACGUGCCUUUCAAUUACCUCGCUCCCAUCGCCAGUCUCGAGUCAAAUGAGUGGCACUUUGGCGACAUGCGGCGAUUAGAAGCGGAGAAUUGCUUGAUGAUGCCAGGAAAUGGCCACGGCUCCUUCCUUGUUCGAGUUAGCGAAUCCAGAAGUGGAGAAUAUUCUCUUUCAGUGCGAGACGGUGAUGUGGUCAAGCACUACCGGAUUCGAUCACGACCAUCAAGAACGAAUCCCGAUGUACGACGCUACUUCAUCUCACGCCAGCUUCCCUUCGCCAGCAUCCAACAGCUCGUGGAGCACUACAUGAAAAAUCAAUCCGGUCUCUGUUGCGAACUCGUUGCGCCCUGCAUCAAGGUAUGA